ACACAUUUCAACCAACAUUCGGUUUUAAUGUUGCUGAAUCAUAUCGUUUUUCAGUGGCUGGUCUUUUUCAAAGUUUAUUAACAUUAAAUGCAACAAUUGUUCCAUUUAUGCCAACUGAAACAAUUAUUGAAAAUGAUGGUUUUAUGAAAGAAAUGAGUGUUAAAUCAAUACAUAUUUCAAAUAAAGUACAAGAGAAAACACGUGUUGAACUUUCAUUUACUGGUGUACCUGGUUCAACAGUUGGUCUUAAUGUUUUUGAAUAUGAUGCAGUUUUACAAGGUUUAUCAAAUGAAAUAAUUAAAGAACGAUUACUUAAAUAUUUAACAACAUAUGAACAAGUAACUAUUCUUAAUAUGCAAGCAACGCCAGCAAUGAUGCCACAUUCAGAUAUGAGUCGAUGUGCAGUUUAUGUAAAAACAGGAAUGGAAAAACAUCACAAACAUGUUUUUGUAAAAAGAAAAAAAGUAUUUGAAAAAGUUCCACGAACAAUCAGCAAAGAAGAUGAAGAAAAACAAAUGAAUCGUGAACGACUGGUGUUUAAUU